GUGUGAAAACUUUGCCCGGCUCGGGUGCAAAGUUUCAACCGUCUGCAAACUGGAAAUCGUCGGCAGAUGAGUCUGGAAUAUCCUGGAAAAGAACACGGUGUAUUCACACGGUUACCAGGUUUAGGGCUUUGUGGAAAAAUGUUUGCGGUGUUCGUUGGGUGUAGAUGAGUGAUGGUGGCGGGUGGUAGAUAAAAACAGACCGGGAAGACGCAGUAGCUCGGAUUUUAUUGUCUGUUUGGAGCAGUUAGCUUAAACGUAGGUUAGGGAGCUAGCUUACCGUCGUCCCGGUGUCUGUCGUACAUCUUAGACAUUUUCUAGACUAAAACUUGAAUUAAAAAUACUAGUAAAUUUAUAAAAUGGCUUGCGAACCCAACCGAGCGCGCCUGCUCUGUAUGCUUUCACUGACUUUUGGCUUCUUCCUGGUGGAGGUGGUGGUCAGUCGCAUCACUUCGUCUCUGUCGAUGCUGUCGGACUCCUUUCACAUGUUGUCCGACGUGAUCGCGCUGAUCGUGGCUUUGGUGGCCGUGCGCUUCGCCGAGAAGACUCAGGCCACCAACAAGAACACCUUCGGCUGGAUCCGGGCGGAGGUGAUGGGGGCUCUGGUCAACGCCGUCUUCCUCACGGCGCUGUGCUUCACCAUCGUGCUGGAGGCGGUGGAGCGUUUCACCGAACCCCAUGAGAUCGACAGCCCGAUGGUGGUCGCCGGGGUCGGCGCGGCGGGGCUACUGAUCAACCUGCUGGGACUCUGCUUGUUUCAUGGGCACGCCGGGGGAGGCCACGGCCACUCGCACGGGGGACACUCUCACGGGGGUAAGGGCAAAAAGGGGAAACAUGGCAAGUCCCAGAAGGCCGGGAACGGAUCUGCUGGAGAAGAGACCAACUACCUGGUGGGGAAUCACACCAGCAACACCAAACCAAGCAUGGAGGUCAGCUGUAAAGACAGCACAGAGGUGCAGAUGAACGGCAACACCCACUUCGAGGAGAUGGAAUCCGAGGCCGAUGCGUCGUCGCAGCUCAACAUGCGCGGCGUCUUCCUGCACGUCCUGGGGGACGCCCUGGGCUCCGUCAUCGUGGUGGUGAACUCUGUCAUCUUCACUUUCGUGUGGAAGCCCUGCGAAGGUCCAAGCUGUACGAACCCGUGCAUCAACAGCCACAAGACAGACCACCGCCACAUCAACCACACUCUAGUGGAUCUGCAGGACACGGACACAAAAGCCGGGCCCUGUUGGGUGCUCUACCUGGAUCCCACGCUGUGCAUCAUCAUGGUGGGCAUAUUGCUCUACACCACCUACCCUCUGCUCAAAGAGUCCGCUCUCAUCCUGCUGCAGACCGUCCCCAAGCAGAUCAACAUGCACCGCCUCAACGAGCGCCUGCUCAGCCUGGACGGCGUCCUGGCCAUCCACGACCUGCACAUCUGGCAGCUGGCAGGAAGCAGAAUCAUUGCCACGGCGCACAUCAAAUGCCACGACCCCACGUCCUACAUGGAUGUGGCCAAACGCAUCAAGGACUUCUUCCACGACGAGGGCAUCCACGCCACCACCAUCCAGCCUGAGUUCGUCACCUUUAACUCCGAAACUCAAGGCUCCCAGUGCGAGCUUUCCUGCCGGACUCAGUGCGCUCCUAAGCUGUGCUGCGGACAGAAGUCUGCCAGUGACUCUAAAGCAGCUGCUGCCUCUGGCCUAGAGGUGAUCAGCGAGGCUUCGGAGCAGGUUCCCAGCAUUCAGGGGGGCCCUCGGACUGAGGCGGAGGUUGCUGUCACCAGAGAGGUGGAGUCCUCUGUGUGAGUCCGGGAUUUCACAUAAAGAGAGGCAGCAGGAAAACUACCACUUUGUGCUUAAGCAUUACUCUCAUUUUUAGAGGGUUUAAUCACCCUUUUUCCCUUAAAAUGACUUUUACUUUUUUAUGACUUUUUUUUUUUUAAAUGGUUGCUCCGACUUCACCAACAUUCAUCCAUAUGAACCUUAGUUUCUUUCAAUUUUUCCUUCUUUUGAUGCGUUUCCUGCCCAGAAUGCCCUCUGCCUCCCCACCUUCCCUUGUCGUGACAGUAUGGUUGUUCUGCAUGUUCGUGGUCCUCACAUCUCCAGCGGGGCCUGCAUGAGUGUUCCUCUGUGACAUGUCAAACCUAAAAGGUGUUUUCUGUGCCAAAGCUUCUCACUGCAGGACUGAGGAAUCCUUCUUUCUAUAAAUGGACCAUCGGAGCGCACAUCAACAAGUUUUGUAGUCUUGCCUAUGGACCUCUUUUCAAACUGUUUAUGCUGUGAGCGAAUCUGACUUUCAAUAUCCUCUUGCGUAAUAAAUUAAGUUUUUAAGUUAUUAGAUAUGAUCUAUAGAUGCUGUUUGAAUAUUUUAGUUAGGAUACACAGACAUUGAUUUUGUUUUUCUAUCUUUGCCCUUUCUCAGACGUGAUGCUUUUAUAAUAAUCUGUGUUUUCACCCCAUUCUCUGAAUCGGCCUUCAGCUGGAGACGAAAGCCGCGUCGACCGGGCUUGCCUUUCAAACAGGAUGUUGUGGAAUAGCACUAGGCGCAGCAGAAACGCAGUGGACGUCUUAGCAGCACGGUCUGCUACUCGGCCAUGCAUUCGUACAUCCGAAGCCUUGCAGGCCAGAGGGUCAGGUGUGUUGUACAGAGAAGAGCACUAUUUUUUUUUUUUUUUGAGCGAUACACUAUUUUUCUGUCUCAAUCUUUUCUUUGAAAAUGUUGAAGUCUUCAUGAAUGUGUUCUGCACCUUGUCACAAUCCACACUGAGGAAAUGUUCCUACAACGAUCUGUUGUUUGCAUGAACAAGCUGAGACCUUUGACGACGCUCCUCCCAGAGCUUGACUUGCUGCUUACCAGCUCCUGCUGGUAUCCUCCAGUAUAUAACUCACGUGUGCGUCUGGAUGGGUUCGUCUCAUGGCGUUUGGACAACUCCAGGCUAUUUGCAGAAAUCUAGUGGCUCAGGUGGCCUUUCAAAAGCGCGACUUAUUCCCGUCAGCACAGAGAUCGUCUAAGGACGAUACGUCUCCACUUAAUGUUUGAUGUGUAUGCAAUAUUAAGUGUGUGCUGGAAAAUGUAUUCCACAUUUCAAAUGUUUGGUCACUUUUCUUGUCAUUUAUGACUUGGGCUUUGUGUGCAAAUGGAAAAGCGUUUUUAUUUUAUUUUGGAAAUGACAUGUCAGCUGAUGUGUUUUUGAUAUAAAUGCAUAUAUAUAUAUAUAAAUAUAUACAGUAUAUGUCCCAUAUGUCUUUGUGAAAUAAAAUGACUGUUUGGUACAGUUUAAUAGAAAAUGUG